GAGGUUAGGGACCCAGCUGCUAGGGGAGCCGUAGUCUUCAGAUAGGCAGCGGUGCCCUUGUGCCAGUCACCUAGGAUGCCCGUCCUCUCUCCAACUGCUAUGGAGAACGGGUCAUGCUGUCUCCUCGAGGGGGAGCCCAUCUCCCAGGUGAUGCCGCCUCUACUCAUCCUGGUCUUCGUGCUUGGGGCCCUGGGCAACGGCAUAGCCCUGUGCGGUUUCUGCUUUCACAUGAAGACCUGGAAGUCAAGCACUAUUUACCUUUUCAACUUGGCGGUGGCCGAUUUUCUCCUCAUGAUCUGCUUACCCCUUCGGACAGACUACUACCUCAGACACAGACACUGGAUUUUUGGAGAUAGCCCCUGUCGCCUGGUCCUCUUCACGCUGGCGAUGAAUAGAGCCGGGAGCAUUGUCUUCCUCACCGUGGUGGCUGUGGACAGGUAUUUCAAAGUAGUCCACCCCCAUCAUACGGUAAAUGCCAUCUCCAAUCGGACUGCAGCCGCCGUCGCCUGUGUCCUCUGGACUUUGGUCAUCUUGGGGACUGUGUAUCUUCUGAUGGAGAGUCCCCUGUGUGUGCAGGGGCCGGCGCCGUCUUGUGAGAGCUUCAUCAUGGAGUCAGCCAACGGGUGGCACGAUAUCAUGUUCCAGCUGGAGUUCUUCCUGCCCCUGACUAUCAUCCUGGUCUGCUCAUUCAAAGUGGUUUGGAGCCUGAGACGGAGGCAGCAGCUGGCCGGACAGGCUCGGAUGAGGAGGGCCACCCGGUUUAUCAUGGUGGUAGCGUCUGUGUUCAUCACGUGUUACCUGCCCAGCGCGUUGGCCAGACUCUACUUCCUCUGGACGGUGCCCUCGAGUGCCUGUGACCCUUCUGUCCACACAGCCCUCCACGUCACCCUGAGCUUCACCUACCUGAACAGCAUGCUGGAUCCCCUCAUAUACUAUUUCUCGAGUCCCUCUUUCCCCAAAUUCUACGCCAAGCUCAAAAUCUGCAGCUCGAAACCCAAACGCCCAGGGCGCUCAACGACCCGGAGGUCGGAAGAGAUGCCAAUUUCGAAUCUCUGUCGUAAGAGCUCCGUCGAUGGGGCAAAUCAUUCCCAAAGGCCAUCUGAAGGGCCGUGGGAUCUCCAAGUGUGUUGAAUGCCAUUCAGACAAUCAGCCCAACGAGGAGGCAGAGAAAUGGGCAAGUGUGAGUUAAAUCUGAAGGGUGGGGGGGACCUGAAAAUGUUCCCACUUUUUCUCAGCUGUAUCUUUCUCAGGUAGAAAUGGAAUCCACGCCCCC